AUGGCUUUGAGCACCCACAGAGCCUCCUCAUCUCGUGCUUGGGCUGAACCACCUCCCCAUUGGGAUUUCGAUGUUUUCUUGAGUUUCAGGGGUGAAGACACCCGCACGGGUUUCGUCUCCCAUUUAUUCCGUGAACUGCAGUACCGGCAAGUAUUCAAGACUUUCAAGGACGACCGAGAGCUUGAAAUCGGAGCUAGUAUCUCUCCAGAGCUCUUGAGGGCAAUCGAACAAUCACAUCUCGCCAUCGUUGUUCUCUCACCCAACUAUGCUUCUUCCACUUGGUGCUUGGAUGAACUUUCCAAAAUUAUCGAGUCCAUGGAAACCGGAUUUAAGAGAAUUCUGCCGGUUUUCUUUAAUGUGGAUCCAUCCAAGGAACAGAAGCAAUCAAAGGCAUACGUUUAUGUUUACCUUGUUUAG